AUGUCUCUUAUCAAUCUUUGGUGUUCUGUUCGUAAAACUCUUUCUACUUUCCCUGUCACUAUUGGAACAAAUAAAAAUAUUUUCGAUCUCAAGGUUGAUGUUGCUAUUAUAGACAACAAUAUUUCUAUUGAUGAUUUCUUAAACGACAAUUUAGUAAAAACAGGUGAUACAGUUGAAGUAACUUUUCCUUACAUAGAAAGAUGCAAUGUUAGAGUUAUUGUCGAUGGAGAUUCAAUGGAACCCACCGGCCUAGUGCAUAUUUUUAUUGACAAUUACAACGUCGCAAUUGAGGGAAAGAAAAUGGUUAAUGAGAUUAAGGAUGUCUUUGAAGAUCAGCUUUAUAUAGAUUACGGACGAUAUCCUAGGACGGUUCUGAAAAAGCGAAAAAUUGGGCGAGGAUCCAGUUAUCAACUUGAAAAACUUGGAUUUCGGGUAUCAGUCUACGAUCAGAAUUUUUUAGAUAAAGAGAAAGAUGAACUUGUAGCUUCUAUUGGUGAUGCUAUUCAAGAACAUAAACGACCCGGCAUAAUUGUACUUUUUGUCGGUGAAUGCGAUUAUGGUCCUUAA